GUGUCCGCAGAGGCUGAGUUGCCGUCAUGUCGGCUGCGAUUGCGGCUCUGGCCGCUUCCUACGGUUCGGGUUCGGGGUCCGAAUCCGACUCGGACAGUGAAGGCGGUCGAUGUCCGCUGCCAGCCGCCGACUCUCUCAUGCAUUUGACCAAAUCGCCGUCGGCCAAGCCGUCUCUGGCCGUGGCGGUGGACUCGGCUCCGGAGGUGGCAGUGAAGGAAGAUUUGGAGACUGGAGUUCACCUUGACCCUGCUGUGAAAGAAGUUCAGUAUAACCCCACGUAUGAGACCAUGUUUGCUCCUGAGUUUGGACCAGAAAAUCCCUUUAGAACACAGCAAAUGGCUGCCCCUAGAAAUAUGCUUUCUGGAUAUGCUGAACCAGCUCAUAUCAAUGACUUUAUGUUUGAACAGCAGAGAAGAACUUUUGCCACAUAUGGUUAUGCAUUGGACCCUUCAUUAGAUAAUCAUCAAGUGACUACCAAGUAUAUUGGUUCUGUAGAAGAAGCUGAAAAAAAUCAAGGUUUAACUGUGUUUGAAACUGGUCAGAAGAAAACAGAAAAAAGGAAAAAGUUCAAAGAAAACGAUGCAUCUAAUAUUGAUGGUUUCUUGGGACCAUGGGCAAAAUAUGUGGAUGAAAAAGAUGUUGCCAAACCCUCAGAGGAAGAGCAGAAGGAGUUGGAUGAAAUCACAGCAAAGAGGCAGAAAAAAGGCAAGCAGGAGGAUGAGAAACCCGGGGAGGAGAAGACAAUCUUGCACGUUAAGGAAAUGUACGACUAUCAAGGCAGAUCCUAUCUUCACAUACCUCAGGAUGUUGGUGUAAAUCUGCGGUCAAGUGUGCCACCCGAGAAGUGUUAUCUUCCAAAGAAGCAGAUUCAUGUAUGGUCUGGACACACAAAGGGCGUCAGUGCAGUCAGAUUGUUUCCUCUCUCGGGCCAUUUGUUGUUGUCUUGCUCCAUGGACUGUAAAAUUAAGCUGUGGGAGGUUUAUGGAGACCGCCGCUGUCUGCGAACAUUUAUUGGGCACAGUAAGGCUGUGAGGGACAUCUGCUUCAAUACUGCAGGGACACAGUUCCUCAGCGCAGCCUAUGACAGGUAUCUGAAGCUCUGGGACACGGAGACGGGACAGUGUAUAUCAAGAUUUACAAACCGAAAAGUACCCUAUUGUGUCAAAUUCAAUCCUGAUGAGGAUAAGCAAAAUCUCUUUGUGGCUGGGAUGUCUGAUAAAAAGAUUGUGCAAUGGGACAUCCGAAGUGGAGAAAUUGUGCAGGAGUAUGAUCGGCAUUUGGGGGCUGUCAACACCAUUGUUUUCGUUGAUGAAAAUAGGAGAUUUGUUAGUACCUCUGAUGAUAAGAGCCUCCGAGUUUGGGAAUGGGACAUUCCUGUGGAUUUCAAGUAUAUAGCAGAACCCAGUAUGCAUUCAAUGCCUGCAGUGACUUUGUCUCCAAACGGGAAGUGGCUAGCGUGCCAAUCAAUGGACAACCAAAUCUUAAUUUUUGGAGCACAGAACAGAUUUAGAUUAAAUAAGAAAAAAAUUUUUAAGGGCCACAUGGUAGCAGGCUAUGCUUGUCAGGUGGACUUUUCUCCAGAUAUGAGCUAUGUGAUUUCAGGAGAUGGAAAUGGAAAAUUAAACAUUUGGGAUUGGAAGACCACAAAGCUCUAUAGUCGGUUUAAAGCUCAUGAUAAAGUGUGUAUAGGUGCGGUGUGGCAUCCUCAUGAAACAUCUAAGGUCAUAACCUGCGGGUGGGAUGGUUUAAUAAAAUUGUGGGAUUAAGAAAAUCAGCCCUUCAAUUGUCUAGGAUCAUUUUUGAUCCAAUGUUAUAUUUAAAUCCGUUCAUAUUAUUAUAUAUGUUGGAUGACAACCUGAUUUGCAAAUGAUAUCUUUCUUACAUGCCUUAUGGAAUUGAACCAUUACUUGCAAAAACAAAAAAAGAAACUGUAAAUUUGCCUCUUAAAAUUCAUUAACGGCUUUGUUUUGUUUUGCAGUUUUUUUAUACAGAAAAUGACCAUUUGUAUUUGACGGAUAGUUGUUGUUAGCGGUCAGUUUAAAGAUUAUUCUCAUGAUAUACUAAAGGGAUCCCUGUGGGCUCAAGAAAGAACUCCUAGUGGAUUUGGUAGUAUAGGGGAGACAGUAUAGUUAAUGACUCAAAAAGGUACUGUAUACUAAAAGGGCAGUAACAAACAGGGAUGAUGGAAUUUAAUAGAAAUGAGACACAAGAGUUGAACCACCUGCCAUUGCUCUUGCUGUUAUUUUCAGUGGGUCAAGUCAUUUGGCUUGAGUUCAGCUAUUUUUGAUGACAUAUGUCAUAUGUUUUAAAUUAUAAAUCACUAAUAUUUUCUGCAGCAUUCUUCCAGUUAUUAAACUGUAAAAUUUAAAAGUACAAAGUUUUUCUUGAGUUCCUUCCUGAUCAGUGUAGAUAUAGUUCUAUAAAUAUAUAAACAGACACUUAUAUUGUUUCAGAAGAUGGAACUGGAGCAAAGGAGCCAAGACUUUGAAUUUUAUUUAUAUUCACUAGCAGUAGGAGCUUGCAGAAUUGGAUCCCGUAUCAUUGCUUUACCGACAUUACUGUUGAAAUCUCCAUGAAAGAAUAGAUUCUAUGGGCAAAGUCCAAAACAUCAGCUUGUGAUUUCUUUGAAGUCAUAUUUUAUCUUUAAACUAUUCUGAUUUUACUUGUUAAGUACAUAUGGCAGAGUUAGAACUCUAGGAAGAUGCUAAGGGUCCCAUUUGAAAAGCAAGUGACCAUGGCAAAAAAGUUUCAGAAUUUGAGAUUAUGAAAAAUCAAAAUAGCUUCAUGAAUAGAAUUAGCUAAUAGCACUUCAGUUUGGACAAACCCUUUCUCCUAUUUCAUUGCAAGUUUACAUUCGGUGUUUGAAUGUGUUUUGAAAUAUUUCCGUACCAUGUUACCAUGGUAAGAUUUCUUGGAAGCUGCUCAGACUGCUGGCUAGGUCAUCAAAAUCAUGUUGAGUGUUGUUAAACAGAGGAAUAAGGUCUGUCCUAGCAUGCAUAUUUCUGUGCUAUCCUACCAUGCAUGUUCCUUGCCUUAAGAAUGCUUCCAAUUUUAAAAAUCAAAGUUUCAAAAGGCCUGGUGUAUAUGAACAGUACCUGCAAUUACAUAUCAAUGAGCUACAAGAGAGGAAAAAGAAGAAAUAAACAUGGAGGAGUGCGUUUUUUGACACAGAGACACUCAAAGAAUCACAAACGCAUUACCCACACAGCACUAGGAAAGUGACAAGGUUCUCGGGUGGGAAGGAACCAGACAAGACUUUUCCUUUAGUCCCACAAGCACUGGGUCUAAUAAAUGUGAAUUAUUGAAACACGAUGGGACAGAAAAAAAUUAUUUAAACUGUCUUGUUUGCCAUCAGUAUUGUAUGUUACAAACCUUAAUUUCUUAAUCUGAAGUUAUUGUAUUUUUGACUGUUUCUAAACUAAGUAACUGUAUGUAAAUAUAAAAGCCUGGUUUUUUUUUGAAAAGAUCAUAUUUUUUAAAAUAAAGCCAUUUUGUAGAAAGUUUUUCCA